CCCUCCUGUGCCCCUCUCUCUAUCCUUCCCCUGCCCCACUCGCUCACUCCAUCUCUCUUUCCUUCCGUCCUUAACGCUAACAAUUCCCUAUUAAGUGCCCCGCGCGCCUCCAGCGAACGAAGUGCUAUUGUCUCGUUUCCUGCGGCCAUGCAAGUCGACCUCCAGGCUACCACCGAUCGCACACACGCACACAAACACACAAACACACAAAGAAAUCCUCCACCGAACUCUACAUUCAACUAGACACAGGACCCUGCGCGCUGAAUGGGAUCCCUUACUCUGUUUUCCGACAAAGUAAAAAAUAAACAGCUCUUCUGGAUUCGGCAAGUUUGAUAAGUUUUAACGACAUGACAGAAUUCGGGAAACUUUAAAAUACUGCGGGAAGUGAAGUUACCGUGGUGAGACCACCCUGCAGAAGGAAAAAGAAACGUCGGUGAACCAGUCUGAUUCUAUAACGAGGGGGAGCGACCAGCCCAUAUACACACACACACAUAGUGUCAACAUCUUUGGGAGUGUGUGUGUGUGAUCAUGAUGUCCUGGAGGGGGCUUGCCUGGUGGACUCCCCACUGAUCUCCCCAGAGACCUCCACCCCGGCCUCAGCAUGGCUGGUCUGGUGCUGAAUGAGACAGGCAUGGAGGACUGUGGGAUAGAUGACAGCUUUAAGUAUGACCUGUACAGCGUGGUCUACAGCGUGGUGUUUGUCCUGGGGCUCUCCACCAACUGUGCUGCUCUCUUUGUGUUCUGCUUCCGGAUGAAGCUACGCAACGAGACCACGCUGUUCAUGACUAACCUGGCGUUGUCAGACCUUGUGCUUGUAUUCACGCUGCCUUUCAAGGUCUACUACAACGUCAACCCACACUGGCCCUUUGGAGACGAACUCUGCAAGGUAUCAGGAACAGCCUUCAUCACCAAUAUCUACGGCUCCAUGCUGUUCCUCACCUGCAUCAGCGUGGACCGCUUUCUGGCCAUCGUCUACCCCUUCCGAUCGCGCUCAGUCCGCACGCGGAGGAACGCAGGCCUGGUGUGUGCUGCGGUCUGGCUCACCAUCGUGGGUGGAGGGAUAUCGGUCACCUUCUUUUCCACGAUCAACCAGGCGAACCGCGUUACGGCCUGCUUUGAGGGAUUUUCCAAGAGCACCUGGAAAACAUACCUCUCCAAGAUCACUAUCUUUAUAGAGAUCGUAGGUUUUCUCCUCCCGCUCAUGACCAACCUGGUGUGUUCCUCUCUGGUGCUGAGAACCCUCCGUCGCCCAGGGACCAUCGGCUGCAACAGCAAGCGCCGGGUCCUUCGUAUGAUCCUCGUCCACCUGGCCAUCUUCAUCGUCUGUUUCGUCCCCUACAACUCCAUCCUCUUCCUCUAUGCCAUGGUGCGGACCCAGGCUCUGACCAAUUGUAAUCUGGAGAGGUUUGUCCGGACGCUGUACCCCAUCACCCUGUGUCUGGCCACACUCAACUGCUGCCUAGACCCAGUGGUGUACUACUUUACCUCUGAGUCCUUCCAGAAGAGUCUCACCACAGGGGGGAAGGGAGGGGUCCGGGCUGAGAGCAUCCCCCGCAGCGACACACACCUGAGUAGUGAGGCAGAGACGCAGCAGGACACAGGGACACAGACCAGGGAUGGGAGACCGUGGAGAGACACACGGGACUGGACAGUCACCAGGAGAGACUCACAAGAAGCAUCACUCACUAGAAACACACAGGACGCACACGCUCUCGCCAGCAACGGGAAAGAUACAGGAGUGAAUGAGACUCAGUUCUGACACUGCAGGAGAGACAGGGAGAAAUAGAGAGAGAAAGAGAGAGAGAGAGGAAGAGAGAGCGAGAGGAAGAGAGAGAGGAAGAGAGAGAGAGAGGAAGAGAGAGAGCACGCCUCUGUGAAGCACGCCUCUGGUUCAUGCAGCGUGCCAGAGCAGAUCUUCCACAGUCGGGAGAAAUAGUAAUGCAUAUUAAUAGAUUUUAAUUGCAUGCAAAUAAAGGUUGCUUCGCUACCACUCCCACAACAGAAGCACAAUCAUGGUCUCGGAUUGGCAGGUGGAGGACUUCUGUGAGAGGUCGCUGUUAUGCCCGACUUCAACAAUAAACCAACGAGGAAGUCUGUUGCAGAGAACUGUUGACUGGGUGAAUAGGGUCAAUAUCAGGGGGUGUCUUUAUCUAGAUAUUUACGGAUAUGUGACAUGUUAUUAGAUAUAAGGAUAUGCUCCAGAUACACGUGUCCUUCAUUUCAUAUACGAAGCUAGGAUAUUCUCCAUAACAGUUUCUACAUGCAUCCAAUCAGGACCUCCUCUCCCUGCUACCGUAUGAGUCCGAGGAGAUAUCUGGGGUGAGAUAUGCUCAAGAUACUCACCGGAUGCACCUGCUUUGUUGAAUAUUCCGGAAAGGGUAUGUGUCAACACGCUGACUUACAGUAUCUAAACUUAGGAACGAAUCCACAUAUUUUCAGAAAUGUACCACAUCUGCAGUCAUUACCUGAUCAUGCCAGGUCGCAGUUGUAAAUGAGAACUUGUUCUCAACUAGCCUACCUGGUUACAUAAAGGUGAACUGGUCUACCUGGUUAAAUAAAGGUGAACUGGUCUACCUGGUUAAAUAAAGGUGAUCUGGUCUACCUGGUUAAAUACAGGUGAUCUGGUCUACCUGGUUAAAUACAGGUGAUCUGGUCUACCUGGUUAAAUACAGGUGAUCUGGUCUACCUGGUUAAAUAAAGGUGAUCUGGCCUACCUGGUU